GCGAGAGGGACGAGCCCGGGCGGCGAGAGAAAAUAGAGCGUGGGGACCGGAGCGGCAGCGAAGGAGGGGGAGGGGAUCGACGGAGGCGCGAGAACGGAAGAGAGAGAGGAGGAGGUGGCGCGCGCGCCGGCGUGGGAUUUCGGGUCGCGUCGAGGCCGCAGGUCCAACUAAUGGCUUAAAAACUUAAGCUGAUACUUAUUGUGGAUGCUGAAUUCGACUCAGUUAAUCAGAAGCUGACCCAUGACAAACUAAAUAAGCUUUCAUGCUUCAGUUUCCUCUGAGAACAAAUCUCAUGAAAUCAUCACUAGUAACACAGUAAGCUGCAUAUUUUAUUGUCGGAGAACAUCAACUCAUCAGAAAUCAUCGUGAGGUCUUCAUAAGUCAGCCACCUAGAGCAGACAAUGUCAGCUUCGGAGUUGAAGAUUUCUCACCAGCAACCCACUGAGAAUAUCAGCCAGGUUAAGACCUGCCGUUGUGGGGCAGGAGACUCUAACUUUCAGACCACUAAUAAAUCUGAAGCUGGUGAAAAUUCACCAACCACUUGUCCAAACUGUCAGGUUCUUAAGAGUGGAAAUUUACUGCUCUCAUCUAAAGGGAUUGGCUGGACAGUAUGGAAAAAGCGCUGGUUUAUCCUUACAAGGACAUCAUUAGUGUUCUUCAGGAGUGAUCCUAAUGCUCCCCCUCCCAGAGGCAGUGAACCAAUUGUUACACUUGGUGGAAUUGACUUGAAUAACACUGCAAGUAUGAUUGUCAAAGAAGAAAGGAAAACUAUAACAGUGGUCUUUCCUGAUGGUCGUGAUGGACGCACUUUCACCCUUAAGGCAGAAACUACAGAAGACCUAAAUGAGUGGAGAAGUGCAUUAGAGAAUGCUCUGGCUCAGGCACCCAGUGUUGCGAAUACAGCUGGGCAGCAUCCAGUAACCACCACUGACAUAACAGAACCUGCUGAAGCUGCUGUUGAACAAUCGGAAGAUAAAUCUGUGAUUGGUAGACCCGCAGAAUUUGCACUUGUUGAUGCUGAUGGCACUACAGCAUUCCUGGAGAAAGCCUUAAAGUUCAUUGAAGAUUAUGGUGUCAAGGUUGAAGGAAUCCUCCGUCAGUCUGCUGAUGUUGAAGAAGUCAAACGCAGGAUUCGGGAUUACGAAAAGGGAAAGAAUGAGUUCUCCCCAGAAGAGGAUGCACAUGUUAUCGGUGACUGUAUUAAGUACAUUCUUCGAGAGAUGCCAUCUUCUCCAGUCCCUGCAUCAUGUUGCACUUCCCUGGUUAGAGCUUACCGAACUGACAAGACAAGAAGACUUGAUGCUAUGAAUAGAGUGAUAUAUGAAGUUUUUCCAGAACCAAAUCGCCAAUUGUUGCAGAGGAUUCUCAAAAUGAUGCAGAUUGUUGGAUCGCACAAAGCUGUAAAUAGGAUGUCUGCGUCUGCUUUGGCAGCUUGCAUGGCACCACUUCUUCUUCGGCCUCUUCUUCUUGGUGAAUGUGAAAUUGAUAGUGACUUCAGUAUGGCUGGGGACAGUUCAUUCCAGUUGCUUCAAGCUGCUGCUGCUGCCAACCAUGCUCAAGCUAUUGUUAUUAUUAUGCUUGAGGAAUAUGAUCAGAUAUUUGAUGAUAUUGAAGACGGUUCAUACUCUUCAGAUGCUUAUACCGAGUCUGACAUUGACAAGGAAUAUUCAACAGACAAUGACAUACAUGAAGAUGAUGGUUCCUAUGGUUCUGGUGAAGAUGAUGUCGAAGAAGAUUUGAAUGAUAAUACUGAACACUCUUCUGGCAACAGGGGUGAACGUGAUAGUAACAUUAGGGUUGGUAAUGCAGAUGACCAGGUUAUCUCGGGCCCUGCAUGUGAUGAAAAUGAUAAAGUUGUUCAACCACCUGUGAGGACCACGAGAGUAGAACAUGGUGUGCCAACAGAAGAAAGUAAUCAAAUUAGUUCUCUUCAAAAAGUUGACGAAACCUCUCAAAUGGAGAGCAACCUUCCAUCCCAAUCAAAACAAGAAUCAACUAAUGAAAGCAAAAGGAACUCAUGGGGGCGUACUUCAGCAAGAAAAGACCUCUCAACAGAGGAGGCUAACUGUUGCGGUGGUGAUGAUGAUGAGGCUCAUAUUGUGAAGCUUGAAAACAACAAGAGUCAUCUCCAAUCUAAAAUUACAAUGGAGGUAAAAGAAAAUACAGUACUCCAGGCAAGUCUAGAAAGGCGAAAAGAAGCACUACAUGAGCGCCGUGUAGCACUAGAAAAAGAAGUGGAAAAUUUACGAGACCAGCUGCAGAAGGAGAGAAAUUUGAGGGCUUCAUUGGAGUCUGGCCUAAUGAAUAUGCGAAGAGGACAGGUGUCCUUCCCGUCAACAAUAGACAGCAAGACUAAGGCUGAUCUUGAGGAAGUAGCUGCCGCUGAAGCUGACAUUAUGAACUUGAAGCAAAAGGUUUCUGAUCUUCGUGGACAACUCAACAACCAGGCCCAACUGAGUUCCACCUCAUUAUGUGAAUCAUGCAACAACAAGCGGCUCCUAAAUACAGACAAGAUUGUCGACGGCGAACAAAAUGCUGCCCUUUCUACAGAGAUUAGCUCCUCAGUCAAAGCACCAACUGUACCUGACAUGUUCUGGGCUACAAACCAAAUGGUUCAAAAGAUGUUGGUUUCGAAGGACGGCCAAGAUGGAUCACUUACCACGAGGUGGAACUUUGCGCAGAGGCAGAACUCCAAUAAUGCAGUUACGAACAAGGCUCAAGGUUCAAGUACUAAAGCAGAGGAAUCUGGGAUGGCACCAUCGUCUGCAUUAGCCAAGCUGACUAGCCGACUCAACUUUUUGAAAGAAAGAAGGGCGCUUCUUGCUAGUGAGAUGCAAAACUUAGAUCUGGGUCGCCCUCAGGCCCAGGGGCCUACAGCUCCUCCGAAAGGAGACUCCAGCUGAGCAGUAGACUUGUGUUACUACAUAUGUUCCUGGAAGAGGAUUCCUGGCAAUGUUUUCAGAAACUUUGGUUGGAACAAACUACAGUAGUUAUAGAGUAACAUAAUCUGGACAUUGCGCUGGUAAAUCGUGUCUUCACCAUGAUGUUAUAUACACCAGUUGUGUAGCAACAACACUGACGGUCAACCUGGUAUGUAGCAUUCUCUUCAAACACUCUGGGCCACUGCCCAAGUACGCUUGCAAGUACAUUUCAACAUUUGUGGGGCUGUUAUCCAGUUCCAUUAGCCUGAGGAGGUACUCGGGAGUGGUAUCUGUUUCUCUUGCUGCACAUCAGCUAAACUUAUGAUCAAACUUUGUAAGAAUAUAGCACUAUGCUUCUCUGUAUUUAAAGUACUGUAUGAGCUAAUAGCAGAUCCAGGGUCAAAAGUUCCUGCUUGAAAGUUGAGCCCCUA